AUGCACCGAAAACAGUUGGAACUCUUGAUAUUGCUGUCUCGUUUCUUUCUCCUCCCGGCAUCAUUGCCUUUGGAAAUACCCCAGUGCAACCUCAGCACAAAAAAUGCGAUUUUCGGCGAUAGUGUUCUUGGCCUCCUGGUCAAGCCAGGCGAAAGCCCUAUAGUUCUUAUUCAUCCCUGGAUUGCUCCAGGGCCUGAUGCGGAUAAAUCGCUGACAAAGGUUCGCGGCCCUUGCCCAGCCCUAAACACAACGGCAAAUCACGGCUUCAUUCCUCGAUCAGGUCGUAACAUCACUAUGGACGAUCUAAUCCCCGGACUUAAGGCAAGUCUUAAUGUGGCCGAAGAUAUAGCUAUUAUGGCGGGUACAAAUGCUUUCAAGACAAAUCCAGCCCCGUCCGCUACGGUCUUCGACCUCGACAUGCUCAACUUGCACGGCGCCAUCGAGCACGACAACUCCCUCUCUCGGGGAGAUUACUACUUCGGAGAUAACCAUAGCUUCAACGAAACCAUCUAUGCAGAGACACGCGCUUGGUUCCAUGAGUCGAUCAUCUCGCUACCCCAGGCUGUGUCAGCCCUACGAUCACGCAUUGAAACCUCACGCAAGACGAAUCCACAUUUCUUCUUUGACUUGGACGGGAGCACAGCUACGACGGCCAGCUAUCUCUCAAUCUUCGGAGAUACUCUCAAGGGUGAGGCCCGUCGUGAUUGGGUCGAUUCCUUCUUUCAAUAUGAAAGAUUGCCAAUUGAGUUAGGAUGGACUCCUCCUGCACUAGAAUUCAAUAUGACAUUGCUUCUGUCCCUAGCAACCCGCAUUGCAAACAUGCUGCCUGGGGAUUUAAUCACACAAUCAGUGGAGAGUUCCACAUACAAAGAUGGAAGUCACUGGGUUGGGGGAAUUGUAAAUAAACUGAACCGACAGCAAGAACUGUAG